UCUCAGAAGCUCAAUACUUCGAAAACAACCGCCUGUAGCGACGUCUCCCCUCCCUUAUUUUCUCUCCUCCUCCCCUUCACGUUCGCCCCAAACUAUUCUGCUCUCUUUCUUCAUUCCUCGUUCUGUUGGAGGCACAUCGAUAAUCUACUCCACUCUUGUCCAAUUUUUCUUUUAAUCGAUUUUCACACCAGUGUUUUAAUGUCACGUCGGGAAAGACGCUUACCAAAAUGGAGAUAUCACAUAAAUUCAGUUGGGACCUUGUCCUGAUUUUGGCAGCGGCACUUACGUCACCUGCAAUCACGGUGCUGUGUAAUGACAUCCUGGGUCUGAAGGUAGCAGGAGAUCCAGUGCUGACCCCUACCUCUGUCUGCCUGCGGCUGGCGGGCCUGAGCAAGCGUCAGAUGCGUCUGUGUGUUCGGAGCCCCGACGUGACGGCUUCAGCCCUGCAGGGCAUACAGGUGGCCAUCCACGAGUGCCAGCACCAGCUCAGAGACCAGCGGUGGAACUGUUCUGCCCUGGAGAGCCUCAACAAGCUGCCCCACCAGAGCGCAAUCCUCAACAGGGGCUUCAGGGAGACUGCCUUCUCUCUGUCCCUGUUGGCAGCGGGUGUGGCACACUCCGUGGCUUCUGCCUGCAGCCUGGGCAAGCUCCGUGACUGCGGCUGCGAGGCCAAGCGUCGCCUGGACGAUGACAAGAUCCGUCUCAAACUCACCCAACUGCAGCUGCAGAGCCUACAGAGAGGCGGGGCCAGAGCGGGCAUGGGAGGGGGCGGGGGAGGAGGCCCCCCCCACCCCCAUGAUUUCAGAGAUGUGCCAGCCAGCCAGCGUUCUGGUUCUACCCACCCCACCUCCCUCCUCAAUCCCCUGCCAGAGGACUUCAGCCCCCAGCAGGAAACCUGGGAGUGGGGGGGCUGUAGCCAUGACACCCGCUUCGGUGAGAGAUUCUCCAGGGAUUGGUUGGACUCCCGGGGGACUCCGAGGGAUAUCCACGCCCGCAUGAGGAUCCACAACAACAGGGUGGGCCGACAGCUUGUGACUGACAACAUGAAGCGGAGGUGUAAGUGUCACGGCACGUCAGGCAGCUGCCAGUUCAAGACCUGCUGGUACGUGUCUCCUGAGUUCAGGCUGCUGGGUUCUCUGCUGAGGGAUAAGUUCCUCUCCGCCAUCUUCAUCAACUCCCAGAACAAGAACAGCGGGGUGUUCAACCCCCGGGUCGCAGCUGGCAAUGGAGCCUUGAAUGGGGUUAGGAACGGGGCCGGAGUGGGGUCCAGAUCUGGGUCUGGGGGCGUGGGUAGCCCAAACAAUGUGAGUCGGCGGAGGCCGAGUGUGUCACGGGAGCUGGUCUACUUUGAGAAGUCUCCAGACUUCUGUGAGCGGGAGCCGUCCCUGGACUCCUUGGGCACCCAGGGACGGAUCUGCAACAAGACCAGCCACAGCAUGGACAGCUGCGGGUCCCUGUGCUGCGGGAGAGGGCACAAUAUCCUGAAGCAGACACGUAGUGAGAGGUGCCACUGCCGCUUCCACUGGUGCUGCUACGUGCUCUGUGAGGAGUGUCGAGUCACUGAGUGGGUCAACGUUUGUAAGUAGACCAGUAGCCUCCUGUACACACAAACCCACACAACUAAACCUUUCAUUUGGUAUAUGGGUAGACGAGGCCCAUCCAGGACUCUUACUUACUUAAUCAUCUUAACGCUUUUGGAUGCAUGGGGCCUCCACAAGAGAGAAAGAGUGCUACUAUUUCAAGUCAGCACUAGCGGCCAUCUUGGUAAGGGUUCUUGGUCAGACCACAGUCUUUGAUGUUCUUCUCAACUGCUGUCCAGGUUUCUCCUGGACAUUUUCAGGACACAGGAUGGCAAAAUCUAAAUCCACCCUUUAACUCUGUCCAAUGUACACACAUCCACCCAACCAAACCUUUCAUUUCAGUGUUUGUGUUUCUCUUUGCAUCAGUUAUGUCUCCCACAGAAUCGGUUUAUCCCCCGCUUCUUCUUCUUCUCCUCUUUUUUUCCUUCUUUCCGUCAUCUGGGAUCUAUUUUCCCUUUGUUGCCUGUUGUUAUUCUCAAAAUGCCAAGUCAGAGAUUGAAGACGAGGUGACUCAUGUCAUUUGUCUUUCUUUCCUCUGCCUGUUUGGAUGCAGCCCUUUCAGCCAUGAUAAUCAGAAUGCCCUGGACCCCAUCUGCUGUUCUGUUCUGCGCUCCCCUGGUCUCUGUUCAGAAACAAAGAACACUCAAACAGCAGUAAGGUGUUAUUAUUUCAACUAACUAAUGCCUAGGCUACUAUUACAGUGUACAGUUUUUGUGUACAUGAAAAAUGUAUAUUAUUUUGAUGUGUGAAUUUAUUUAGACGCCGUUGCUUGGCAUCUGCUGUGUGGCACCAGUUUAUGAGAGGAACAUAUGAGGCCCAAUGACUGAGUGUUUCUCUGCUCAGGAUGGUGAAAUUGAGCUGAAGCCGUAAUAGUCAACAAAGCCUGAACACAACAGUGGGACGCUGGAUAACAGACAAGUCAUGUCACGAGUUCUGAUAUGGAAUGUGGUAAUGAACUCCAGAGGACGAUUAUACUCAUUGAAUGUUUUGCACCUGCACCUCAAGACUAAUGGGGUUCAAUUCUUUAAUUCCGAUUCUUCAUUGCAUGAACCAGGAGGAACUAAGGAAACAGAACUGAAGAGAACCAGGCAUGAUGGUUCCUCAACGUGUUUCCACUACCAAUGGAAUCAGAACCACAAGUCAUCUCGUGGGGACAGUUUUUUUCUGUGGAGAAGGAAACCCAUGUCUGGCUCUUGGUUGAGGGAUGUUUUCGAUCUCUCUCCAUACUGAACUGCAGGUCAUUUAGGGAGUACUGCACCUAGAACUGUAACACUCAUAACCAGGAAAUGACCACACACACUGUAUUAUUGCUGUUUCUUUUGUUUUGUGAUUAUGUUUUAUUUAGUGAAUCAAUAUAAUUAUUAUGUCACAAAUAUGCCUCUACUUCUUGUUGCCGGACGGAAAUGAGAACAGCUGUGAUUAUAGGUCUCUGCAUUUCAGAUCCGUUUCAAUGCUAUGAAAUGUGUGGGAAGGAGUGUAUGAGUGCCCACUUCGGGAGAAAGGUAGAGAAUUGGCACACAUGGAUUGAGUAUAUCAAACCUAGGCAAGGCAUGCUUGCUCCCUAAUCCAUGACCUGGAUUAGGGAGCUGAUGGUGAGGUGGGGUGAGUUGUGGGAGGGUUGGAGGUAUUGGGCAUAACCCACUUGGAACCAACUGGUUGAAUUAACAUUGUUUCAACGUAAUUUGUCAACAUAUUGUGACGUGGAAUCUAUGUGGAAAAUACAUUUGAUUUGAAAAAAGUACCUUUAAAACAACAUCAGAAAAAAAACUAUAGGCUGGGAAGCACCUCUUAAUGGAGAGUUGAUCUGUCUGCAUCAGGUGUCUCCAGCCUUUUCUAGCAUGAGAGCUACUAAAGAAAAAUGAAACAUGUCACAAGCUACAAUUCUUUUUCUUUUUUUCUGUUAAAUAAGCACAUUCUCCUCCUCUCCCCCACAACUCUUCACCACAACUCUUCCCCACAACUCUUCCCCACAACUCUUCCACUGGUGUACAAGAGAAAGUCAUGUAUUAUGUUGGCAACUCUUCCCCACAACUCUUCCCCACAACUCUUCCCCUGGUGUACAAGAGAAAGUCAUGUAUUAUGUUGUCAACUCUUCCCCACAACUCUUCCCCACAACUCUUCCCCUGGUGUACAAGAGAAAGUCAUGUAUUAUGUUGUCAACUCUUCCCCACAACUCUUCCCCUGGUGUACAAGAGAAAGUAGUGCACUAUGUUGUCAACUCUUCCCCUGGUCGUUAGUGUACAAGAGAAAGUAGUGUACUAUGUUGUCAACUCUUCCCCUGGUCCUUAGUGUACAAGAGAAAGUAGUGUACUAUGUUGUCAACUCUUCCCCUGGUCGUUAGUGUACAAGAGAAAGUAGUGCACUAUGUUGUCAACUCUUCCCCUGGUCCUUAGUGUACAAGAGAAAGUAGUGCACUAUGUUGUCAACUCUUCCCCUGGUCCUUAGUGUACAAGAGAAAGUAGUGCACUAUGUUGGCAACUCUUCCCCACAACUCUUCCCCUGGUGUACAAGAGAAAGUCAUGUAUUAUGUUGUCAACUCUUCCCCACAACUCUUCCCCACAACUCUUCCCCUGGUGUACAAGAGAAAGUCAUGUAUUAUGUUGGCAACUCUUCCCCACAACUCUUCCCCACAACUCUUCCACUGGUGUACAAGAGAAAGUCAUGUAUUAUGUUGGCAACUCUUCCCCACAACUCUUCCCCUGGUGUACAAGAGAAAGUCAUGUAUUAUGUUGUCAACUCUUCCCCUGGUCGUUAGUGUACAAGAGAAAGUAGUGCACUAUGUUGUCAACUCUUCCCCUGGUCCUUAGUGUACAAGAGAAAGUAGUGCACUAUGUUGUCAACUCUUCCCCUGGUC